GACGCCACUUCCGGCCAGACGCGGAAGUGCGGAGAGGCGCAGGGAGCCGGCUCGACUGUGGGAUUUUUUUUAGCCCAGCGGCGCGCCUUGGGAACGUUCUGGAGAGGUCGGAUCCUCAGUGCCCGGUUCGGCCAGCGCAGACCCGCCGAGGCCGACGCCCCGCCGCCCCUCGGCCCGGCGUCGAUGCCCGCCGCGCCGGGGAGGCCCCGCAGCGGGGCCGGGCCAUGAGCCUGUCGGGCGGCCUUGCUCCAUCGCUGCGGGCCCCGCUGCAGUCCGGCAAGACCAGGAUGAAAAAGCUCCCGAAGAGGAGCCAGAACGAGAAGUACCGACUCAAGUACCUGCGGCUGCGCAAAGCCGCCAAAGCCACGGUGUUUGAAAAUGCUGCUAUUUGUGAUGAAAUUGCUCGUCUUGAGGAAAAAUUUCUUAAAGCAAAAGAAGAAAGACGGUACUUGCUGAAGAAGCUCCUUCAGCUUCAGGCUCUAACUGAAGGGGAAGUACAGGCCGCAGCCCCUUCCCACAGCUCCAGUUUGCCCCUGACUUACAGCGUGGCCAGCUCUGUGGGAACUCUACAGGGCGCUGGGCCCAUUUCUGGGCCUGGCACUGGGGCCGAGGAACCAUUUGGGAAGAAAUCCAAGAAGGAGAAAAAAGAAAAGGGGAAAGAGAACAACAAACUGGAAGUUCUGAAGAAAACAUCCAAGAAAAAGAAAAUGGAGGGAGGUGCUCGCAAGCUGGUUCAGCCCAUUGCCCUGGAUCCCUCAGGACGGCCUGUGUUCCCCAUCGGACUGGGGGGUCUAACAGUAUAUAGCCUGGGGGAGAUCAUCACCGACCGGCCUGGCUUCCAUGAUGAGAGUGCCAUCUACCCUGUGGGCUACUGCAGUACUCGAAUAUAUGCCAGCAUGAAGUGCCCAGACCAGAAGUGUCUAUAUACCUGUCAGAUCAAGGAUGGUGGUGUGCAACCUCAGUUUGAAAUUGUUCCUGAGGAUGACCCCGACAAUGCCAUUGUCAGCUCUUCCGCAAAUGCCUGUCAUGCAGAACUGCUCAAGGCCAUAAGUGCUACUAUGGGGAAACUAAUGUAUAACCUGCUUCCAUCUGGAGCUGACUUUUUUGGGUUUUCUCAUCCAACCAUCCACAACCUGAUCCAGAGCUGUUCGGGAGCUCGAAAGUGUGUCAAUUACCAGUGGGUGAAAUUUGAUGUGUGCAAACCCGGAGAUGGGCAGCUACCACAAGGACUGCCAGAGAACGAUGCAGCUACAAGCUUUGAAGCCUUUCAGAGACAGACCUUUGAUGAAGAUCAUAAUGAUCCCAUUCUACAAGGCAACACUAGAACUGAAGGAAUUUUUUCACCAGGAUCACUGGACCUCCCAGAGCUUCAGACUACAGCCUUUGUGUCUUCUUACCAACCCAUGUUCUUGACACGUGAACCCUUGGUAGAUGAUCACUUACAGCACUUGAAGUCUCCAUCACAGUGUAGCCCGACGCAGUCUUCAGAUUGAACAAGAAAGGAUCAGAUACCACAUCAUUUUCAUCGUGAUGAUUUUUUUAACUUAAACUAAAACUUCGAAUAUAUGGAAGAAGGCAGCAAUUCAGGAGUGAAGAAGAUAUUAAAUUAACACAUUUUGUCAUGGAGGUUCCCAUGGUGACAGUGUUCCCUGAGAAAAACUUCACCUGCUUUAUUUUUAGUAAUAAAUUUCUUUUAACAGUUAUGCUUAUUUUUAUCUUGUGAUCAGGAUAUAAUCUGUUUUGCUUAGCUCUAAGGUAAACUUAAGUCGUUUUUCAACCAGAGUGAGAGAUGGCUGCUAACUCAUGAAAGACUUAGUAAGAUUCUGACAACCUUCUACCCUUGAUUGUGAUCCUAGUUCAAGGAAUAUUAAGUCUCAGCCCUGUACCCCAAGCAGGUGCUUUAUUUUCAUAUGAGUAUGAUCAAAACCAAAUCUUGCUCAUUCCCAAGCUGGAGAGUCCAGUCCAAGGUACACUUUGUCCUUCUCUUCACGUUUGACAUAUCCUUCAAGGGGAUCAAAAGGUCCUUUUUAACCCUUUCUGUAUCCUCUUUGUGGUUCCUUAUUGGAGAAUGUGCUUUUAGCUAAAUACAUUGAAUCCACAUAACACAAAUUUAGAUAUGGUUGGGAUGUGGCUCCCAUCCCCCAUAACAGACUCAUCCUGUCAUUUCAUUAACUGUGUGAUAACAUAAAUCCGCAUUCAGUGCAACUGAAUUGUCUGGACCCUGCGUAUGGCCUUAAGCCGGAGGCCGUCCCGACCAUUCCACAGCAGCUGGUCGGAUGGGCAGCGAGCGCGUCCAGGUAUAGGGGCUGGAAUGGGAAGGAACAAAAGGACUCCAGAAGUAGAAGAAUGGGGAAGGAGUGAGAACUGGGUUGUUACUGGGCUGUGAUUCCUAACUGCUAACGGGACGACACAGAUGGGAUUGGCAUUGCAGAGGAAUGAAUCUGGCUGGCAGAGGGAGGGGCUCAGACAGCAGCGUUUGCAGCGCACCACAAUGGUCACUAUGAAGUGUCAGAAGCUAAAGUAACAUUAAUUUUAUGACUCUUAAAUUAUAGUCUUUUUAUAAGUUUGUAUAGCUUUUACAGUGCAAAAAGAAUUAUUAAAGUUUAAGUAGUGUCAAAUCAAGAGUGGAAAGGGUAUUACUCAAAGCCGUUAAUGUUUUAAUAUUUUUCUUUUGUCUUUUUUCUCUGUAUAAGUUGCCUGAACAUAUCUGAUUGUACAGGAAUGAUAUAUGCUGCUUUUAUUAUAUAGCAAAUAUCUUUCCAUUCUAUUACAGCUUGAGUAAAACACAUUAAAAGAGAGCCUCAUUUUAAGAAAGACAUUUAAAAAAAUGUUUAGUUACUGUGUUGUUUAAUAAGCGUAUUCAUUUUAUAACUUUGCUAGAACAGAAAGAACCCAUUAGUUCUUAAACUCAGAGGAUCAAUACCUUCAUCUUUUAAAAUUAAAGAAAAUAAUUAGAACAGAUUGUAUUGCAUCGCAUGUCGAAAGGUUGAAACUUUGGUUUCAACUAUAGGGUGUAUGUAUGUCUUUAUAUAAAUAUGGCAUGUGUAUGGGGAUACAUGGAAUAAUGUGAAAUGUUUUUCCUACGUAUCGUCAUUUCAAAAAACUUGAAAAAUAACUGCCAUAUUAUACUUAAAAUAGCUUUUCAUUUACCAGAUUGUUAAAGAUUUUAAAAUUUUGACAACAUCCAAUAUCAAUGAGAAUGAGGUAAAAAAUGGGACUGUACGUUGCUGGGAAUGUAAACUGUUGGAACACUUUGGGAAGGGUAAGCUGUAGGUAUCAAAAUUUUAAACAUAUUUAAUCUUAAACCUGUUAUUCCCCAUUAAGGACCAUAAGGAAAGUAAGUGUGGUAUGCUGUUUGCAAGUAAUAUUAUCACAGUAUUAGUUUAAUAGUGAAAAACUGGAAAAAACCUGCAUGUCCACUCAUGGGAAAUUGGUUAAAUAAAGUAUGUGGCUCCCACAAACUGAAACACUAAAUCUAUAUUCAAGUUACACAGGAAAAUUAUUUUGCUAACGUUAAGUCAAAAACACAAGAUUACAAAAUAAUAUACCAUGUAGUAUAUAAAAUAUAACCCAAACAAAUCAAGUGACUGUUCACCAAACUAUUAAGUAUUUCUUGUUUCUCUCCAAAUGAUGAAUUUGGGGAUGAUUUUUUACUUACACUUUGUUAGCAUCGAAAUGUUCUACAGCAACUAUAAAUUUCAUUUUUCAAGUAGUAACAUGUUAUUUCAUUUGGGAAAUAAACUGAAUUUCCACAGAAUGUUUUAAAUUAUUAAACCAUUAAAAUUAACUUUCACGUGACUUUUCAUUAAUACAUCCACUCCCUAAACCUAAUUUUUCACAUUGUGUGCACUAGGUUAUUGAGGAUGAAAGGAAGCUGUGCUUCUUAGCUAUCUCUAGUUUAUAAAGUUAAAAAGUUACACCAAGCUAAGGUUAUUUUAUUGAGGAAAAAUAUUUUUAUAUAAAUUGAGUGUAGCCUAAGUGUACACUGUUUAUAAUCAGGUCUGCAGGAGUGGAUGUCCUAGGCCUUCACAUUCACUCACCACUCACUCACUGACUCACCCAAAGCAUCUCCCAGUCCUACAAGCUCUGUCCUUUCAUGGUAAGUGCCCUGGACAGGUGUACCAUUUUUUAUCUUUUAUACUGUAUUUUUACUGUACCUCAUGUUUAGAUGCACAAAUACACAUUGUGUUAAACUGCCUCCAGUGUUCAGGACAGUAACAUGCUGUACAGACUUAACCACCCAGGAGCAACAGGCUGGACCAUACGGCUGGGUGCAAUAGGUUAUACCACGAAGCUUGUGUAAACACACUGUGAUGUUCACAUGACAAAAUCACCCGAUGACGCAUUUCUCAGAAGGUAUCCCCCCCGGUAAAGCGACGCAUGACUAUACUUUUAUUUCUAACUUCUAAUAGAAGCACAGUUACCAAGUGCCGUGAGCUGUUUUUAAUCAACCAAUAAACAGCAUUAUGAUUCUUAAUAGUACACACACAAGCCCUCUUUCACAUCUGUCCCAUCUGAUUAUUUUUCUAAAUGCUUAUCAUCUAGCUUCCCUUUCAGCCUCACUUUUUUCUUCCAUCUGGAUUAUCCUUUUUAUAGUUAAACCUCUUACCUUUAAAGAGCCUGAGAUAUUUAAUUCUAACGCCCUGUUUGCCUCUCAGUGACUGUCACUGUCACAUUUCCGAAGCUUGGGAUCCACCCCCACCGCCCUCUUCCUGGCAGCGCGAGUGCCUUCCUGGGUCAGCAACUCCCCAGACGCCGGCAUCUGAUUCUGCUUUGUUAGCUUUCAACGUUCACAUUAUCAUCAUUUAGAUUGAAGCAGCAGAAUUGUUUAUCGGACCGUCUUCAAUGAUCUGAAAGACUCGUGUAGUAGAAGAAAGAUUUCAGUUCCACACAAGGAAAUAUUUAGGAAAUUUAGAAA